CACCACGGCAAAGAGUGCAGCGAAAGAAGUGAACUUGUGUAUCGCUAUUUUUUUAGUUUUUCUUUUUUUUUACACCACAGGAGUGGUAAACGGUACAGAAGGGUACAACUUUUACUACGGUAGAGGGAUAACAACGGCAUCAAUCAGUGUAUUAGUAGCUGGAGCGUCACAAAAUGUGAUUUUAUUUUCAACGAGUCUCAUCAUCAUACAGAAAUCUGUACUAAAGCACGUGAUAUGUCUACCGAUAAAGAAGGAAUAGUUUCUCCUCCAUCCAAACGAAACGACGUCGCUUAUUCAAUCAAUAGCUAUGAAGACACACGGAAUGCUAAUAUUACGAUGUCAUACGAUCCCACUGAAUAUAUACAAAAAGCACGUGUGACCAGAGCACAACCUCCCAAACCGGCGUAUGAUCCGCUCCAAUUUGUGCAAUUGAAACCAUGCAGCUUGGUAAAGACCGCCCAAGCUCAGAUGCAGAAAGCAGAUGAAGUGAAGAAGGUGAAAGAUGAAAAGAAGGAAGAACCUGAAGAAUGGCAAUGUAAUCUAGAUAAUUGGAAAUCAUCGAGAAGGAAACGAGUUGAACACAUAAUAGAUAGGGUAGUCGAGGUGAAAAAAUUCGAACUAGAAGAACAUGAUCGUAACAGACGGAAAUCCAAAACAUUCAAUGAAAUGAUGGAAGAAAGGGGUUCGAGACGGCUAAAAUAUCUGCCAAUUUACACGGAUGAUGAUAACAACGAUUUGAGUGAUCUUGGAAUAAAUAGUUCUGAUGUAUCCAGCAAAGAAAUCGAUGCGAAUGUGGAAAAUUCAGGGGAUGAAACUAUCCCGGAAAGAUCAGCUGAAAGGGAUUUGAACGAAUAUACAUACGAAGGAGCAAUCGAAGGUUAUAAGAGUCGGAUUUCCCGAACGACAACACAUACAGCUAAUUAUGAAAACCAACGGUUUGACAAUAAUGCACAUCAGAAAACUCAGACGGGCACUGUGCAAGUUGUACACUCAAGCAAAGAGGCUUCACUAUAUACUUUAGAAGAGAAAAAACCUUCCGAUGUGUCGGUAGCUGAUAUUCCCAAGAUUGAUUUUCUAAAACGAAAAGAACUGUUCGAAAAGGAACAAGAACAGGCAAAUGCAAGCGAGUCCAGACGCCAGUCUUCGGAUUUUGUUAAUACAUUAAGCAUAAAAGAACGCCUAUCAGUAUUACAACUAAACCAAGCACAAGAAACGAGCGAGUCAGAAAAACGUCAACGUACUAUUCCAGACGUUUCGUUUACGGAUUUGAAAAAUCGCUUGGAAAUUUUUGAGAGGGAAAUAAGAACACUUGCAAAUGACAAAGAUGAUCUUUCAAGCUCAUCGCCACCCAAUACACACGAAAGUUCGGUAGAGCCUAUGGCUCCCACGCCAAAGGAUGAACCAAAACCAGAAGAUGAUCUACUAGAAAAAUCACAUUACUUUCCUAAUGUCUACAGUAAUAUAUUGACGCAGAAACAAACUCUCGAUGAAAACGAGAAUAUCGACACAGAUCGAGAAGACAGUGGUAUUCAUACUACAGACGUUUCCUGUUCUGUCUCUCAAGCUGAUGAUCAAAAUGAAGAAGUUGAACAUCUUGCAAACGAUGAUUCCAACAAUAAAUCGAAUCCGAUUGAAGCUAAACCACACCCAUCGAAUGCUGCAGAAGAUUCAAAUCAAAUGGAAUAUGAUGAAGCAAACGACAUAAGUAUAUUAGACGAUGCAUUGGAAAUGGCAUUCCAAGAAAUUGAUUGCAUGGAAACGACUGCCCUGCAGCCAAUAAACUCCAGCAUUCAGGAGCCAAUUUACCAAAAUAUCGCCGACAUUGAAGACAUCGCGUCACAGAACUCGGAAGAUAAAACCAAUGCCGAAAACGAACCCUAUUACCAGGUUCCAAAAUCCCAAGAGCCAUACUAUGAAGUACCAAAGACGAAACCGAUCCCACUAUACGAAAAUGUGGAUAUGAUGCAAUCGGUUGCCAUUAUUUCCGACGGUGGCUCAGAUACUAAUUUUACCGUCAGCUUGAAUCAUCAACAACCACCGAAAGAGAAACCGCCUCCUCCUCCCAUAGAAAGUAAACCAGAUGUUGGUGUUUGCAGUGAAUUUACUUGUAAUACUAAUAGUGAAAACUUUAAACGCAUUAAUUCUACCAAACGUAUUAAAAAAGAGCUCCACAACAAGCGAUCGAGCUUUCUUGGAAUUGAUACAGACUACGUAGAUGAGGAUGGAUUUUCAAACCUUUCGAUAGCUAUUCCGCCGAGGGCGGCGGCGUCUAUCCUACAGGAAGGGAAACGGCUCGAAAAGCAAUAUCUUUUGAAGACCGGGCUGUACGAUCAUUCGGAUGCAGCUGAAAGCCGAGAUUCAGGAGUAUCGGAAAAUCACUCCCGCCAAAGCAGCGACAUAUUUACUACUUCUUCAGAUGAUCCAGAGGAACUCAUAAAACCAAAAAUAGGAGAACCAAAAGCCCUGAGCUAUAGAGAUUAUGAUAGGAAUCCGUCAAAGAAUAAUUGUUUCCCGCAUGCUGAUGAUGAAUUUGGGUUUCAAACGAGAGAAAGCCAGUUACUUCAACCUGAGGACUUACGAUUCCCUAUUCCACCACCAAUUCCACCGACGAAGCCUUUGCGUUCUCCGCAAUACUUGCACAAUCAGUACAAUGCAUACAUCGAGCAUAGUAAAUCUUUGUCGAAUGUAUCAAACUUAGACUACGGCGAUAUGAUUAGCAGCACAGUAUCUUCAAGCGAAUCCCAAAUAGCUUUCCACAGCGCAUGCAAUAACAUUAACACAUCUAAUGAAAUUUUAUCUAUAUGUGAUCAAACCCGCCUUUACAAUAACCACCAUGUGACUGAGAGUGGCUUAGAUUUAACAAGCUGUGUGCCGAAAAGCAAAUCACCAAUCCACUGGGAACAAUACCGAGAUUCGCACGAGUCUAAUGACAUCACUACGGACGAACAUCCGUUACACGACAGUAUGCUAAGGCAGCGGAGUUAUACGGAAUGCUCGCCACAAUGGAACGUUAAGGCAAGUAGACCGGCCAAUCGAAACAGUGACUCAUACACUCGUCACUGGUUCGUACAGGAAGCUGAACAGCGCAGAAUCGAACAACAACAGCAAGCAGUAAGGGGCAACUAUGCGUCAGGUUACUCUCAAAACAAAAACAGAAAAUCCCUUCCAGAAUCAGUCAUUCAGACGAUAACACAGCGAGUGCAAAAUCUGGGAAUAGGUUCCGACCGACGAUGGCAUCCCGAAGGACCUUGUCUAGCACGCAAAGCGACUAAUGAUAAUGGGUUAAAACCUGAAAAAUUCAACUCACAAAGUCAUCAACGCUCAUCCGAUCAGGAUGAAAAAGUUCUUAGUGUAAGCGGAAAGAAGAAAUGUUCUCACUGCAAUAGUGAAUUAGGGCGUGGAGCUGCAAUGGUUAUCGAAAGUUUAGGUUUAUUAUAUCACAUCGAUUGCUUCAAGUGUUGUGUUUGUCACAUUCGUCUCGGCGAUGGAUUCUCCGGUACAGAUGUCCGUGUUCGGAAAUAUAAAUUACACUGUCAAAACUGCUUUUCGAGUGAAGAUGGCAUCAAGUUUAGUUGUGUAUAAAAAGCGUUACUUGCAAUUGUUGUACAUAUAGUUUAAUUUAAACAUCGUCAUUUCCGUUAAAAAUUGUUAUUUUAUAUGUUUAUGAUAUUUUAUUUAUAACAAUAAAAAUACCAAAAAAAUACAUUACA